GGCUUGCUGUCUGCUCCAGUUUUGCGGGUCUCACUGAGCGAAGCCAAAGUCAGUAGACAGUAGAAGACGAAUUUCCGCUGCCCAUCACCGCCUGAAUUUUCUGAUUGAAGUAGAAGGCUGGGUUCUGGUUGCAUAGUGUGAGAGCUAGUGUGGAAAUGUUAUUGCAGAGCUCUCUCCCAAGUUCAGUUGAAGCAGCUUUAUCCUUUACCUCUGAUCAUGGAAAACGAGACUUAACAUUUGAGUGGAUAAAUGCAGAGACCAGGCAAUGUUGUAUAAACUGUAACGAACUCUCUCAGGAUGGUUCAGAGCUAUUGACUGCCAACACAACAUUUGAAACUUCUGGAUCAAGUUACAUUUGCAAGCGAAGGAAGCUCCUGAAAAAUUCUGUGGUUAUUUUUCCUCUUGAGGCGGAAGUUAAUGUAGUACCUGUAUUUGCAGUUAAGAAUGGUCCUUCAGACAUUCAAGUUGAGGAUACAAUUGAUGAUGGAACUGGUGCUCCUUCUCUCUCUGCAGAGAAAUCAGUUUUUGAGUUUAAUAGUGCUAAUGCUUCUAUCCUCAAUUCACACAAGUUUAGCAAGAGUCCUUGUUCAAAAUUUAAAUUCUCUAUUAAACCAGACGUGAAUACUAAAUCAAAGUUUGUUAGCUUUGGUAAAGAUCUUAGAUCUGACUGCUCUUUUCGGGAACCAGAUAUACAAGUUGGUUCUGUUAUCAAAACUAAUGAGGCUAAUCACAUUACAGAGAGCCUUAAUCAUGAUAUUCAGGUUAAUGUAGUACCUGUAUUUGCAGUUAGGAAUGGUCCUUCAGGCAUUCAAGUUGAGGAUACAAUUGAUGAUGGAACUGGUGCUCCUCUCUCUACAGAGAAAUCAGUCUUUGAGUUUAAUAGUGCUAAUGCUUCUAUCCUCAAUUCACACAAGUUUAGCAAGAGUCCUUGUUCAAAAUUUAAAUUCUCUAUUAAACCAUACGUGAAUACUAAAUCAAAGUCUAUUAGCUUUGGUAAAGAUCUUAUAUCUGACUGCUCUUUACGGGAACCGGAUAUACAAGUUGGUUCUGUUAUCCAAACUAAUGAGGCUAAUCACAUUACAGAGAGCCUUAAUCAUGAUAUUCAGGGUUCUAAGGCUUCAAAUGAAGAAGAACUCUUUCUCAAAGACCUAUGUAUUUCUGUACUAAGAAGUAAUGGAUUGCUUGAACCUGUUUGUCCUAAAAUAAGUUGUGCUUCUACAGAUAUUCUAGGAAUUGGUAGUGAUAGAGGCUAUACCCAGUCUUGUAAGCAAUGCAGUCUUUCAGAAAAUAUAUUGAAUCUGUUGCUUUGUGAUCAAUGUGAAGAAGCAUUCCAUGUAUCUUGCUGCAAGCCUAGGCUGAGGAUGUUGCCAAUUGAUGAGUGGUUUUGUCAUUCUUGUUCAAAAAUGAACUGCAGUCCAUCAAAUAAGAAUUCGUUUUCAAAAUCAUGUAUUACUCGGAGUUAUACUGCUUCAAGAUUUGGAUUGGGUCCAAUAGCGCACAUGUUGAAACACACUGAGCAUUAUACAUCAAAAGUUCGGAUUGGCGAAGAUUUUCAAGUGAGAGUUCCUGACUGGUGUGAUCAAAUUUCCAAGUAUGUCAUAUUAUUGUUGAAGAUUUGUGCUACUAUUGAUUGUUAUGAUCAAUCUGAUAAUUCAAUGUAG